AUGACAGACAGACAGACAGACAGACAGACAGACAAGAGUGAACAGCCAUACACUUUUAUCAGACCAUUUUACCAGGAGGGCCCGGGCCCCUGGGCGCCGCUGCUGCCGCUGCUGCUGCUGGCGGGGUUCCACACCUGCAGCGCCAGCCCAGCGGAUGACGGCGCGGGCCCGGGGGGCCGGGGACCCCGCGGCCGCUCGCGAGGGGACACGGGUGCCGACGAGGCGGUGCCACGCCACGACUCCACCUACGGCACCUUCGCGGGGGAGUUCUACGACCUGCGUUACCUGUCGGAGGAGGGUUACCCUUUCCCCACCGCUCCUCCUGUGGAUCCGUUUGCCAAAAUCAAAGUAGAAGACUGUGGAAAAACCAAGGGAUGCUUUAGAUACGGCAAGCCAGGCUGUAAUGCGGAGACCUGUGACUACUUCCUUAGCUACCGGAUAAUAGGGGCUGAUGUGGAAUUUGAGCUGAGUGCAGACACAGAUGGCUGGGUAGCAGUUGGAUUCUCUUCAGACAAGAAAAUGGGUGGUGAUGAUGUCAUGGCCUGCGUCCACGAUGACAAUGGCAGGGUCCGCAUACAGCACUUUUACAAUGUGGGCCAGUGGGCGAAGGAGAUUCAGAGAAAUCCUGCCAGAGAUGAAGAAGGAGUUUUCGAGAAUAAUCGCGUCACUUGCAGGUUCAAACGCCCUGUGAAUGUCCCCAGAGACGAAACAAUUGUUGAUCUCCAUUUGAGUUGGUAUUACCUGUUUGCCUGGGGUCCAGCUAUUCAGGGCUCUAUCACUCGACAUGAUAUAGACUCGCCACCAGCUUCCGAGCGUGUUGUCAGUAUUUACAAGUAUGAAGACAUUUUUAUGCCAUCAGCUGCCUAUCAGACCUUCUCAUCUCCGUUUUGCUUGCUCCUCAUUGUUGCUUUGACCUUCUACUUAUUGAUGGGAACCCCUUGAUCUUCAAGGUCAACAGAUUGGAAAGCCUUUACUAUAAAUACAGUUUUCAAGAAUAACUGGGAUAACUUUAGCUUCUGAUAAGUUGUUAAAAAAACAAUUCAUGAUUUUAGGUUUCUAGAAGAAAAAAAACCAGCUUUUUUUUCUAGUUAAAGAGGAAAUUUAAUAUUGAUCUUUCUUUAGGGAAGUACUUUAAAGUUUGUAAGCACUUUCAAAUGUUUUUGUUUUAAUUUGAGCUUUACAGUGUCUCUGUGUGGAAGAUGGUAUGAUUACCAUCUUCCUGAUCAGACUCCAGAUCCAGAGAGGCUGCCUUUCUAUGACCUUCCUGUCAUGUCAGCCACAUAGCAAGGCAGAUAGAAAGCUAGGAAAAGAAAUCAAGUCUCUGAACGGUCUUUAGUGUCCGUGCUACAGCCCAAGACAGUUACUUUGAGUGUUACUAGGGACAGCCUCCCUGAAGGUCACUUCACAGGCAGCUUUUUGAACAAUUCCUGUAGGACACAAAUGCUUUGGGAUUUUUCCACAGUUGAUGGGGGAAACAGGAGAGAGUACAAUAAUGUGAAAAUGGGUUGUAUUGAUUAAAGUUCUUCUAAAUUAGUGCGUAACUAUGAGAAAAUAUGUUUUAUAGCUGUUUGGGAAAGUUAGAAACAGAAUUGUGUGCAUUCCUGAGAAUGUAAAAUGAUCUUAAUGAUAGAACUAUGGGAAUUCUUAAUAGAAUUGAGGCUGUUCUACUACUGUAUUAUAUCUACUAGGGUAUUCAUAUAUGAUUAGCGACAAUUCUGUUGUCAGGGGCUGGGGAGAUGGCUCAGUAGAAUAAGUGCUUCCCUGGCAAGCACAAGGGCCUGAGUUCAAUCCCUGGUUCUGGAAAAAAAAAAAAAAUGUUGUCAAAGUCAGCAUACAUUAAGUAUGUGUUGUAACAGACAAAUUAUCUUAACAAAAAUUUAAAGCAUUUUAAUAACAGCAACAUUUUGCAGAUUGUAGAGAUUUGGAGCAAGAAAAAAUUUAACAUGAGAUGUUUUUGUUUUUUAAUUAGAAAAUGGGAAAAUGGCCUAAAAAGUGAAUUCU